AUGGACGGCAGCAGGAAGGUGUUUCGGGGAGAAAUCGAACGGGACAUACCCAAGCGACUGGGCUUCAUCAUAGACAACAGUCCCGACCAGGUGCCGGCGUGCAUUCUGAGCCAGUUUCUGUACUUGGGCUCGCAGGAUUGCGUUCGGAGGGAGGUUUUUGAAAAGUACGAGAUUAGUCACGUCUUGAGCGUUGGAAUAGAGACUCCUCCGUUCGAAGGUUGUCCCCAGGUUCGGUGUAAAUUUAUCGAGUGUUUGGACUUGCCGGAGACGGACCUUGCCGUAGUCAUCAAGCAAUCGAGCGAAUUCAUCGAGGGAUGUCGCCGGGACGGGGGACGCGUUUUGGUUCACUGUAACGCAGGCGUUUCUCGGUCAACGUCGGUCGUCAUCGGUUAUCUAAUGAAGCACCACGAUUACUCCUUCCUGCAGGCCCUCGGACUGGUCAAAAGUAAAAGACCGUGCGUACAACCAAACGUUGGUUUUAUUAAUCAGUUGAAAAAGCUGCAGUAA